AUAGAACCAGAGAUAACCGAACGUGAGAGAGAAGAGAUAACCGAAGAUAACCGAAAGCAAGAGAGGGAGCAAUAUCGAUCGAUUCAAUGGCGGACAUAGCGAUUUUGGUGGCGGAGGAGUACGAGAGGAGGGUGAGACACACGGCGGGUUCGAGAUCAGCGUCGGUGGAAUUUGAUUGGUGGAAGAAGUUUCCGGCGAAGAUGACUGUAGGAGUCAACGAGAAGAAGAUAGAGAGUUUGAUGAAGAAGUUUGAGGCUAAAUCUCAGUUUGCUCUCGCCAUCUCCAAUGGCUUCUUCUCUGCUUGAUACCACUUUGUUCAUAUGUAAUUUCGUUUCUUAAUCUCUGCUUUUUGUUUUUUCUUUUGCUUUGUGCGUUUUAUGUAAAUAAGUAAAUAGGAACCAAUAUCUGAAUUAAUCAAAUGUAACUUCUUUCUAUUUAUAUAAUCAAACUAU